AUGACGAAAUUCGAUAGUUCUGGGAAGUCGAAGAACUCCCACAAUUAUCAUACCUUACUCCUGAGGAACAACGUUGUGAGGAACAUUCCCGAGCAACUCAUUCUCGUGACUCUAAUGGACGAGUUCCUACUGGAAUACGAAAAUCUCGGUCAUAUGAAGAAAGUAGACGAACCAGUCUCUGCUUCACAAUCAGUUUACAUCCCGCAUCAUGCGGUGAUUCGCGAGCAUAGCAGCACCACGCGGUUGCGCGUCGUGUUCAAUGCAUCUCAGUCGACAUCGAACGGAUCUUCACUUAACGAUCAUCUCAUGAUCGGUCCUAAAUUACAAACCGACCUUCGAUCGGUAAUCCUUCGAUGGCGACAACAUCGUUAUGUUUUCACUGCCGAUAUCGCAAAAAUGUAUAGGCAGAUUCAAGUCGAUGCGCGAGAUCAAGAUUAUCAGCGCAUCUUAUGGCGCUCUUCAUCAUCCGAAGCAGUGCAAGACUACCGCUUGCUUACUGUUACUUACGGUAUGGCGUGUGCUCCAUACCUCGCUCUACGUACGAUUCAGCAAUUGACGCAAGACGAAGGCGCUCAAUUUCCUCUUGCUCAAUCAGUUUUACGCAAUCAAAUCUAUGUGGAUGAUUGCAUCUUCGGCGCGGAUGACAAGCCGCUUGCAAGGCAAAUCCGCAAUCAAUUAAUUUCAUUGUUACAAAAAGGUGGAUUCCUCCUCCGUAAGUGGGCAAGCAACUGCCCUACGUUACUCAACAACCUACCGGUCAAUGAAAAGAGUCUCAGUCAAGGCAAAAUUCUGCAAAGCGACGAAAGUUUCAAAGUUUUAGGCGUCACGUGCCUUCCUGCUACCGAUACAUUUCAAUUCUCAGUCGAAGUUACAGCAACGAAAUGGUACAAUUAUCACACGCAGCUAAUAAAACUGCGUAAUAUCUCGUUGCCACGAUGGACUGCCUUCGGUUCUGAUACAAGUCAUUGUGAGCUUCACAGCUUUGCUGACGCAUCGUCCGUCGCAUAUGCCGCUGUCGUAUAUCUUAAAGUGAUUUCGCUCAUGGGAUCAGUUACUGUUUCGCUAAUAAUAGCAAAAUCAAAAGUCGCGCCUCUUAAGCCCUUGACAAUUCCACGACUCGAACUAUGCGCUGCUGCGCUUUUAGCACAAACAAUGUCGUUUGCUAGAACGACAUUAGAACUUUCGACAAUUCCAUGUCAUUGCUGGACGGAUUCAACCGUCACUCACGCUUGGUUACGCCAAUCUCCAUCUCGAUGGAAAACGUUUGUCGCGCAUCGCGUGAACGAUGUGCAAACUAUAAUACCUGAUGCCACGUGGCAUCAUGUUCCGACUCAUCAAAAUCCCGCGGAUCUAGCAUCCCGCGGAGUUACCGCUUCCUCGUUCGCGGAGAGCUCACUGUGGUGGCAAGGCUCCGAGUGGCUCAAGUUUUCUUCAAGUCUGUGGCCGAAUGAAUCUCGGCAAGAUUACGAUACCUUGCUCGAAAAACGUUCGACCAUCGUCGUACAAACUCUCGAUAUCGAAUCUCAAUGGGACUUAGCUUCCAGCUAUUCUUCAUCGCCGAAGCUUCUUCGCAUAACG